UGUAGAAUUAUAUAAGCCCCUAGACCACUAUUAUAUGCCAAUCGCUCAAGGCCUCUCUAUCUGUCAUGGAAAGACAUAUGUAUCAACAUUGAGAAUGAUGCUCACUAUUAUAACAACUUUGCUUAGUUCUUAUUCCGUCAUGUCUAGCACCGCCUUCACUUCCACUUCUUCCUGCACCGGAUUUUCAUUUCCGGGUUCUCGGAAAAACAAGAAAACUUCAAAAACCAGUGUAUCUCCUCAAGAGUCGAAGAAAGCUGGAGAUUACUCGGAAGACAAUGGUAAUGGGAAGAAGAAAAGGGGCAUGAUUAGUGAAGAUGGUGGUAGUAAGCAUCCGAUAUAUCGGGGAGUACGCAUACGAAGCCGGGGCAAAUGGGUGUCUGAAAUCCGAGAGCCAAGGAAGAAAUCAAGAAUAUGGCUGGGAACAUACUCCACAGCUGAAAUGGCUGCUCGAGCCCAUGAUGUGGCCGCACUGGCCAUUAAAGGCCAUAAGGCUUACCUUAAUUUCCCUCAACUUGCAAAGGAACUUCCACGCCCUGCAAGUACGUCUCCCAAGGACAUCCAAGCAGCCGCUUCCCAAGCAGCUUCUUCAACAUUUCUGGAGACAAGACGAUGCACCGUUGAAGACGAAGCUGGACCAAACCAGGAAGAAAUCCCUGUUUCACAUUCAUCACUCACUUCAGCAGCCUCCGAUAACUUACAAGAAUCAUCAACUUCACUCUUCACCCAUGACGACGAUACCUUGUUUGAUCUGCCUGAUCUCAUGAUUGAUUGCUCUUAUUCUUCAGCAUGGCAAAUAUGUGCAGUAGAUGGUGUGUUCCGGACUGAGGAGCUGUUCGUUUGGGAUUACUACUAGGAGAGACGACAUCAUUUUGGUACAUGGAAUCUUCAUAAAUAAAUAUAAACGAUUUAAAAGUAGUGAAUUCCAUCUUUGUGAGUGUAAUUAGUGUUAACUACACUUAAGGCCAACUUUUGUUUAGCAAGUACAAGCCACCUAGCUAUAUUCAGUGCCUUAUUUAACUUUAAAGCUAAGAGCCAGGUUGCAAUAUUAAGAUACCAUAUAGUUUAUUUAA